AUGGUCGAACAAGCUGCAAAGCCACUUGCAAGGUCUGUUUGGGUUUUAGAUGCUACACCUGGAAAGGUACGUGUAGGUAGAGACGGAGAUGAUCAUCCUGCUGAAUUGAUCAUUUUUCUAAGAGCAUUGGCUAACCAGGUCACAUCAAAAAUGGAGGUCAUCAGUGGUCUUAUGCGUGAGGGGUUUUUGAAUGAAGUGGCUCAGUGGGUGGUUACCAAUCUUCGAAAGACAAACCCUUCUGAUUCGUCUUCGUCUGCCUAUUCUUGGACAUUUGACCUUGAUGGAAUUGCCCAAAUGUAUCAAUCCUAUGAAGAAACUAAUCUAUGGUGCUAUAAGCAUGAGUUCCUCAAGGAUUUCUUUCUUUCUACUGGAUUAUUAUUUCAAUACGAAGCAGAACUUGAUGCUUUCCUUGAGUUUAUUAUCUGGAGGUUCUCAAUUUGGGUUCAUAAACCUACUCUAGGAUAUGCUCUCAUGAAUCUACGAUACGAAGAUGAACUCACCAUGGAAACAAGAGCAAAACUUAGAACAGGGUUAGAGGGACCUGGGCUCACAGUUUAUCAGAAAAUAUGGUACUGUGUUGCUACACAAUGGGUGGAAAUUAUAGGAUAUGCACACAGAAAUAUGGAUUUAUUGAAAGAUCAAGAUGUCAUUAGGAUUGUGCUUAACUUAUUGAAGACAAAUACAAGUGUUGCCACUGGACUUGGAACAAAUUGGAUAGUAAUUUGUGCCCCUGAUGAUGGAUCAUGUGCUUGGGGAUAUUUUGAUGUAUUUAUCAGUUAUUCCAAUAAUACCAACUUGAUGCUACUGUUAUGGGGAUGUGGCUUUGUGUCUUGUCUCCUGUUUGGAGGAUCAAGGAAGACCUUACCUGAUGGUGUAAGAUUGAUGGGUGAUAUUAGUGUUUUGCUCUUGGUAGACCCAUCCACUGCAAAAUCACAGGUGAUGUUGGUUCUUGAAACGAGACUCAAGAUAUCAUAUUUUUGCAUGGCUAAAAGUUUUGGAGGUAACGAGACUCAAGCAAAAGUAAACACACAGAGAGUUGUUGGCACAUAG